AUGAGUCUAAACUUUGGAAUGCGCUGCAGCACCGUAGUCCCUAACAAGCCACCUCUCACAGAAAAGAAUCUCCCCAAUCAGAAGGGCAAGGUCUUCCUCGUCACCGGCGCAUCAGGUGGGUUAGGCAAGCUCCUCGUUGAUAUACUCUAUCAACACAAUGGCAAAGUCUACCUAGCUGCACGCUCUCAAAGCAAGACCGAAGAAGUAAUUAAAGAGAUCAAAUCGGCGCAUCCCUCCUCCACUGGCGAACUCCACUUUCUUCACCUCGAGCUGGAUGACCUAUCUACAAUCAAACCGGCUGCCACUCAAUUUCUAGAAAGGGAGAGUCGCCUGGAUGUCCUGUGGAACAACGCAGGCGUUAUGAUUCCACCAGAAGGCUCCAAGACGAAGCAGGGUUACGAACUCCAAUAUGGUGUGAACAAUAUUGCGCAUUUCUUGUUCACCCUUUUGCUUCGUCCUGCACUCGAGGCUGCAGCGGCAUCCGGAUCGGCGCCCAACUCUGUCCGCGUUGUCUGGGUCGCUUCCAGCGCUGCUGAUGCUGCACCGAACCCGGCGGUCGAUCUGACGAACAUGGAUUACCACCGCGAGGAGGGCGCGUGGAUGAAGUACUCGCGCAGCAAAGCCGCCAGCGUGGUCCAUUCGGCCGAGUUUUCGCGAAGAACCGCUGGCACCGGCAUCAUCAGUCUUGCCCUCAACCCCGGCAACUUUGUCACCAACCUUCAGCAAAACAUGUCCAAAAUGGAACUCGCCAUGUUUAAACUAAUCUCAUCGGAUCCUAUUAAUGGCGCCUACACUGAGCUCUUUGCCGGACUGAGCGAUACCAUCACGGAGGAGAACAACGGCGGAUGGGUAUCUCCCUUUGGUAAGGUCGAGAAGAUUCGAAAGGAUUUUGUAGAGCCAGAGCUCGGAAGCAAGUUUUGGAAUUGGACCAUGGAGCAGGUGAAGACGUACAUGUAG